AUGUAUAAACUUCAUUAAAAGUAUUUUUCGUAUGACGGAAACUUAAAUUAUAAAUAUCAUAUUGAAAUUCUAAUAAAUUCAAUGAUUUUAACAACAUUUAAAUAGCAUUCUAAUAUUUAGUGUAUAUGA